CCCGAAAAUAAGGUCAUACAGAUCUAGCAUAUUUAUUCCAAUAAAAGACUAACAACGACCUGGCAACCCUGAAAACUUACAGUUCAGUGGCAAAGUGACAAGCAAAAAUACGAAAAUGGUUCUGGAGAGUACUAUGAUAUGCUUUGAUAACAGCGACUACCAGCGCAAUGGAGACUAUUUUCCCACCCGUCUGAACGUACAGAAAGAUGGCAUCAAUCUGGUCUGCCUCACCAAACUGCGGUCCAAUCCCGAGAACAAUGUCGGCCUGAUGACAUUGUCCAACACCGUGGAAGUGCUGGCCACCCUGACCAGCGAUGUGGGCCGGAUCUUCUCGAAGAUGCAUCUGAUUCAGCCGAAGGGCGAGAUAAAUCUGCUGACUGGAAUCCGCAUUGCCCACCUUGUGCUUAAGCAUCGCCAGGGCAAGAACCACAAGAUGCGCAUCGUGGUUUUUGUGGGAUCGCCCAUCAAUCACGAGGAGGGUGAUUUAGUGAAGCAGGCCAAGCGCCUCAAGAAGGAGAAGGUCAACGUGGACAUCGUCAGCUUCGGCGAUCACGGAAACAACAACGAGACGCUCACCGCAUUCAUCAACGCGCUGAACGGCAAGGACGGCACUGGCUCACAUUUGGUCAGUGUGCCCCGGGGAUCCGCCCUGUCGGACGCCCUGCUCUCAUCGCCCAUCAUCCAGGGCGAGGAUGGCUUGGGCGGAGCCGGACUGGGCGGCAACGUCUUCGAAUUUGGGGUGGAUCCCAACGAGGAUCCCGAACUGGCCCUGGCCUUGCGUGUGUCCAUGGAAGAGCAGCGCCAGCGCCAGGAGAGCGAGCAGCGACGCGCCAACACCGAUGGAGCAACACCGACUGGAGGCGAUGCUGGCGGCGGAGGCGUUGGCUCGGUCUCAGCACCCGGCAACGUGGAGAGUGCCGGAGCAGAUAACGAGGCCAACAGCGAGGAGGCAAUGCUGCAGCGCGCCCUGGCCCUGUCCACCGAAACACCCGAGGACAACUUGCCGGACUUCGCCAACAUGACUGAGGAGGAACAGAUCGCCUUCGCCAUGCAGAUGUCCAUGCAGGAUGCCCCCGACGACACGGUCACCCAGCAGGCGAAGCGCCCGAAGACGGACGAGGCCAAUGCCCCCAUGGACGUGGACGAGGACUAUUCGGAGGUGAUCGGGGACCCGGCCUUCUUGCAGAGCGUGCUGGAGAACCUGCCCGGGGUUGAUCCCCAGUCGGAGGCAGUGCGCGACGCUGUCGGCUCGCUCAACAAGGACAAGGACAAAAAGGGCGACGGCAAGGAUUCGCAGAAAAAGUAAAACGCAUCUAUGAUUAUAUCUUAUAAGCUCGUUUAAAGCAUUUGUAUGCCCAUUAAAACCAUUUGUAGCCCCUUUAAAAUUAUGCUUCAAGUGAAAAUAUAUACACAAAUACACAUGAAA